AUGUUAUCAAGAACAUUAAAAAAUGGGCUAAUCAAUAAAAAUAAUCUUCACAAUACUAAAGUUGAGCAAAAUAGAGAGGAACAGCAUAAUGAUAAGAAUAGUGAGACCACAAUGUUUCAUAGUAAUAUCAGUAAAUCUUAUAAAAGGUUACCCUGGACAGCAAGGUCUAUACCAUCGUCUUCUUCCUCUAAUGAAUCUUCCUUCAUUAUAGGUGAGAAGGUUGAAGAAGGUGUUGCAGAUAUGGAUGAUGAUGAUAAUAAUAAUUUGCUAGUCUUUAAACCAAGAAAUAUUUAUAAAAGAGACAAUGAGCAGAUCCAAAAAGAGAUUAACAGUGAAAAGAAUGAGUAUGUGCCAGAUUUGAACUUUAAUAAAAUUGUUAAAAGAUGGGAAUUGGAAAAUUAUAUAGAUCAACAGGCAAAAAAUAAUAAUAACAAUGAUCAUCAAAAGGAUGAUUCUUUCGGCUUUUCCCCGCAAAGAAUAACUAAUAAAAAUAAUUUUACUCCAGGAAGUAAUAGUAAUAGUGUAUUGGCUUUAAAUGAUAAAUCUGCACAUUCCCAAGUGGAACCGAUCCCACUACCUAGUUUCAAAAAUUCAUGGACUACACCAUCUACUUUAGAGGUCGAAAGAAGGUCUUCUUAUUUAAAUCUUCUGAAUUCUAAUGUUAAUAAUGGUUUCCCCAAUAAAAAUGAUACGGCAAAAUCAAAUAGUGCCAAGAAUACACUAAGACAGGCUCCUAAUUCAUUGGCCCAAAAUCAAAUAUCGUUUUUUAUCCCAAGAUCAAGACGACCUUCCUCCUUACGUGGAUUUUCUUCCCCAAAACAAGGCAUUUCAAAUAUUUUAGAGCUAUACAAUGAUCAUGAUCACUAUUAUGACAAUAAUAAUGAAAUUCCAAGUAAUUCUGACAGUAUAAUUAAAACAUCAAGAACGGCCCCUUUAACUAGAAUAUCGACAGAUACCACUAUGGCAAGUAUUGAUGGAAAUAUGAGUUCUAGGUCUCCUUAUUUAUUAAAUAGUUCAUCUUCUCCCUCAGAAUCAUCUUUAAAUCAAAUGAAUUAUAAUAACACAGUGUUACAUAUGUCAACUAUGCCAAUUGACAUCACAAAGAAUAAAAGUGAUAAGUUGAAGUAUGAUAAUGAGAUGUGUAGACAAUAUUUUAAUAAUAAUAACAGUAAUAAUAAUAAUAAUAAUAGUAAGUUUAAUGGUUAUAUUUCAAUGGAUAAAGAUGAAUUGAUUGCUUUGAUUAAAUUACUUCCAAUUGAUUUUUUAAAUUUACCUUAUUCUCAAAGAAAGGCAAAGAUUCUAGCUGUUUUACCCAAUGAAAAAUCAAAUAAUUACAAAGAAAUUAUGUCUUUAAUUAAGAAAGUUUCCUUAACAUCAUCAAAGAGUAACUCUUCAUUAGGAUCCUUUAAUUUUGAUAUUCCGAAUAGCUUGGACAACGGCAAUGAAAUAUUUAACAAUAAUAAUCAAACUAAUAAUAGUAGUAAAACUUAUUCGAAUUUGGAUAAUAUUUCGAAUUUAUCAAUAAAUAGGCAUAAUUCUGUGGCAUCACAAUAUUUAAGCACAUUUUCACCUGUUAGUACAUCAAUACUGAAUUUAAAUAAUAAUAACAAUAAUAAUAACACUGGAUUAUCUUCAAGUCUGAAAUCAAAUUUUGUAAGACCAAGUGAGAAAGGUAUGCAAUUGUUUAAUCAUACAUUAGAAAGUAUUAUAGGAUAUGGGGCAUGGGGCAUGAUUAGAAAAUGUGUUGAUAAUAAUGAUGGAUCCUUAAGAGCUAUCAAGAUUAUUAAAUUUAAGAAUAAUGAAAAGAUUAAAAAUAGUGUAAUGAGAGAAAUUGAUAUAUGGAGUAAAUUAAAAAAUGAAAAUAUAUUGCCAUUGAUUAAUUAUCAGAUUGACGAUGAUUAUGCAAUGUAUUGUUUAACAGAAUUGGUUGAAGAUGGGACGUUAUAUGAUUUGGUAUUAUCAUGGGAUAAUUUUGCCAAUUCAAAAAUAUCACAUAUUGCACGUUGUAAAAUUGUAAUAAUUUUAUCAAGACAGAUUAUUAGAGCAUUAAAAUAUCUUCAUGAAGAUAUGGGGAUUGUUCAUGGAGAUGUCAAAUUAGAAAAUUGUUUAAUUAAUAAAAAUCAUAAGAAAUCUACACCCAAGAAUUGGAAAGCUAUUAUUUGUGAUUUUGGUAUGAGUUUCAAAGUUGAAGAUUGUUGUGCUAAAGAUAAGGAUUCUCAUAUUGGUUCAUUGCCAUAUGCAUCACCAGAAUUGCUAACGGAUAAUAAUUUAAAUAAAAAGGCAGAUAUUUGGGCAUUUGGUGUCAUGUUAUACACGAUGUUAGUUGGAAGAUUUCCCUUUAAACAUCUUACUGAAUCACAUUUAAGAGAUUUGAUCAAGUCUGGAGAAUAUGAUAAAACACCACUUCACGAAGUUUGUUCAAAUAGGUACAAAGAAUUGGCAGAUAUUGUUACUGGAUGUUUAACCAUAAGGAUUGACCGACGAUGGGAUUUGAAAACUAUUGAAGAUAAGUUGGAUUAUUUAUAUAAGAAAAAGUAG